GUUUGCUUCGUCUGCUACGCCUUCCUCUCAACUUUUUCCCUUCGUCUUCCACCAUCUGCUUCCCCGUGGAAGACCGCUGCGAUCAUUGUCUUCGCAGGCGGGGAUUAUUCUUUCCAAUUUCCAUUUUUCCUUCUUUUUGCUUCCUUUUUGGGGCUUGGUACCCAGCAAUUGCCAAGAUGGGAACGGGAAAGAAGGAGAAGGCCCGCAUGCAGCGGGAGGGCAAGGUGGCGGGCGACCCCAAGGUCAAGGGCGAGAAUUUCUACCGCUCGGCCAAGAAGGUCAAGACCCUGAACAUGUUCAAGGAAGGCAAGGCCAUCCGAAACAGGGAGGGCAAGAUUGUCAAGGCCGCCUCGUUUCAGAGCAAGGAGGUCCCCAAGGCCGUCAUCGAGCCGAACCGGCGGUGGUUCAACAACACCAGAGUCAUCUCUCAGGACACGCUCAAGUCGUUCCGGGAGGCCAUUGCCGAGAAACAGAAGGACCCAUACACUGUCCUAUUGAAAAGCAACAAGCUCCCCAUGAGCUUGAUUCGGGACGGUCCCAGCCUCCAGGACGGGCUCAAGAAGCACCGGGCGAAGAUGACGAUCGAGAGCGAGCCCUUCGCCGAGACCUUCGGCCCUAAGGCCCAGAGAAAACGGCCGAAGCUCAGCUUCAACACUGUCGACGAGCUUGCCAGCCACAGCGAACAGAGCCUCGACUCCUACCAGACUCGUCUGGAGGAGAUCAAGCUGCUCAACGGCGCGGCCGGGUCUGCAGCCGUGGAUGGGGAUGCGCCGGUGGAGGAGGACUUCAGUGUCGCGACGGCCAAGGAGGCCAUCUUCAGCAAGGGGCAGUCCAAGCGCAUCUGGAACGAGCUGUACAAGGUGAUUGACUCUUCAGACGUCAUUCUCCACGUACUAGACGCCCGCGAUCCGCUUGGAACAAGAUGUCGGCACGUGGAGAAGUAUCUGGCUGCCGAAGCCCCCCAUAAACAUCUUGUUUUCGUGUUGAAUAAGAUCGACCUGGUCCCCUCUAGCACGGCCGCCGCCUGGAUUCGCGUGCUUCAGAAGGACCAUCCCACCUGUGCCAUGAGGUCUAGCAUCAAAAACCCCUUUGGGCGUGGCUCCCUUAUCGAUCUCCUCAGACAGUUUAGUGUCCUGCACAAGGAACGGAAACAAAUCAGUGUGGGCCUGAUCGGCUAUCCGAAUGUCGGCAAGUCGAGCAUCAUCAAUGCGCUGCGCGGCAAGCCGGUUGCCAAGGUUGCGCCCAUUCCCGGCGAGACCAAAGUGUGGCAGUAUGUCACGCUGAUGAAGAGGAUUUAUCUGAUCGACUGCCCCGGCAUUGUGCCACCAAACCAGAAUGAUACCCCGCAGGAUCUCCUCCUUCGCGGCGUCGUCCGUGUCGAGAACGUGGAGAACCCAGAGCAAUACAUUCCUGCUGUUUUGAGGAAGGUCAAAACACACCAUAUGGAGAGGACAUACGAGCUCAAGGGCUGGAAAGACCAUAUGGAGUUUCUCGAACUCUUGGCCAGGAAAUCUGGAAGACUACUCAAGGGCGGCGAGCCGGACGUCGACGGCGUCGCCAAGAUGGUGCUUAAUGACUUCAUGCGAGGCAAAAUUCCCUGGUUCACGCCCGCUCCUGUGGUUGAAGGAGGAGACGAGACCGUCAUUGAGGGCAGGCAAGGCCGCCUCGGCGAGAUGCCGAAGAAGCGGAAACGUGACGAGAACGAGAGCGUCGCGGACACUUCGCUAGCCGGGUCAACCGUGGCGGCCGAGGAAGAGGACGAGGUGUCGGAGCAAGAAGACGAGGACUUUUCGGGCUUCUCGAGUGAUAGUGACUCCGAGCCAGGAGACAGGCCCGAGGCAGCGGCCCCAGGAGACGGUGCGGAAGAUAUGAUACCCCUGGAUGACACGAGCGACGAAGAGGAUGACGAGGAAGAAUCUGAAGGGUCCGAAGAUGAAGAUGACCCAGAAGAGGGCAGUGAGGGUGAGAGCGGCAGCGACUCUGAUGUCGACGUCGAUGGGGCGAGUGACAUCCUCCCAUCGGACGAUGAGCCAGAGCCGCCCGCUUCAAAGAAGCGGAAGAAGGCUAGGUAGUUGCCGCAGCCCAUUACUCGGAAAUGGAGGUACGAGGCGCUGGGCACAGCCUCGGAGAUACCCGUUGCCCUU